CAGCCGUUGUGCAUGGGCAUCGUGACGGUGGUGGUUGUGGGCGGGAGAAGAGGUGAGAUGGCGUGAACGCAGUAUUGUAAAGUCGACAAGUAAUGGUCAGAGCAUGUCUGCCUCGAGGCUGUUUACUUGGACAUGGCCACGGGCACGCAAGAUUAAUAUGACUGCUGAGCCGGGCCACUUGUCCCGGUCCUGGCCUGCCAACCCCUACCUACAGGCAGGCCAUGAACAUACGGUGCACCGGUCCACCUCCUCCGCAAGGGAGUGGGCCGGCCGAGGCAUCUUCCCAAAGUGCGGGGGCGGCGCCAUCAGCCCCCCACUUUUAAGGCUCGUCCCAAGAUUAGGCCAAGCUAAGAAGCAACCAGGGGUCCAACGGCGCAGGUUUCAUUCAUCCAGAGGUCUCACUCUCCUCGCUGGCCAAGGCCGCUUUACCCAGCUUUCACGUGUCUCAGUCCUUGCCUCCUCUGUCUGGAGCAUCCGAGUUGUGCGGGGAAGCAGCUGGGACUGUCAGCACUGGCAUCCGGCCCUGGUCAGAACUGGUCGGCCAGCUCCGUCUGCACACACAGUGUCAUGGCAGGCAGCCUGCAUCAUGCACCCUUGAUGCAUGCACCCUUGAUGCAUGCACGCGUCGAGGAAUGCACUGCCGACUGACGCCUCGGACGAUAUCAGCACGCCGCCUCGUUUGCGUUUCCAUUCCCAUCCGCGCUGUGUGUGGGGAUCCCUUCGUCGGGGAUUUUUC